AUGUGCAAAGCGUUCCAAAAAUGUUUAAACUUGAAGUACCCUAUUAUUCAGGCCCCUAUGGCGGGGGUGACAACCGUUGAAAUGGCCGCUAAAGCUUGCAUUGCAGGCGCCAUAGGUUCCCUUCCCUUGUCGCAUUUAGACUUCAGGAACGUUAAUGAUAUUGAAAAACUUAAGUCAAUUGUUUCGCAAUUUAGAGACCAUGUAGCAGAUAAAUCUUUGGAGAAUAAUCUCAACUUAAAUUUUUUUUGUCAUGAUAUCGUUGAGGAACCGACCGAUCUUCAAACAGCUAACUGGGCCAAGCUGUAUAGGAAGUCUAUGAACGUGCCGAUAGAUAUUAAUGAAAUUAGUUUCCACAACGGUAAUGUUUCUUUUAAAGCUUUUGAAAGAGAGAAUGCGCUACAAAAUUUUUUCCAGUAUCUAUCAGAUGACUUUAAACCUAAGAUCAUUAGCUUCCAUUUUGGCCAUCCGUCGAAAUCUACAACGGAAUAUUUACAAAAAAUUGGGAUUUUAAUUUUUGCAACUGCCACGUCAGUAAAAGAAGUUCGACUAUUAGCAAGUCUUGGUGUUAAUGGGAUAGUAUGUCAAGGUUAUGAAGCGGGGGGACAUAGAGGCAACUUCUUAAUAAAUGACCCUAAAGAUGACGAAGACUUAUCCACUGUACAGUUGGUAAAAAGAACAGUUGGCGAACUUGCUGAAAUGAAACAUAAAGGUCUAGUGCAUGACACCCCAUUUGUUAUUGCAGCAGGCGGUAUAAUGGAUUCUAAAGACAUAUCUUAUAUGUUAUCACAACAAGCAGAUGCAGUUCAAUUGGGGACUGCACUUCUUGGUUGCAGUGAGUCAAACGCAUCAAGAAUCUUUUCAAGCCUCUUUGCUCGAGAAUCAACAACUAAAAUGGUCAAUAUAGUCUCUGGAAAGUCCGCUAGGACGAUCUCGACUCCUUUUAUCGAAAAACUUCUGGCCAAUUUUCAAGGUGAAGAGCUCCCUCCAUAUGGCUACAUAUAUAAUGCUUUCAAGCAAAUUAGAAACAAGUAUCCAGAAUUGGCUAACUUUAUUUUAGCUGGACAAGGAUUCCAAAGUGUCCAAUCAGGAAUCACAACAGACAAAAAAAUUGCAACAAUGGGCGAAAGAUUAAAAAAAAUUGACAGAAAAUAA